CUGCGUCGUUUCUGCCCGGUGACGCAGAGACGUCAUCAGUCGGUAGGCGGAAAAAGUGUGUUUCUGUAUGUGGAGAUAAAGCCAAACCGGGUGUUUUUAUUAAGGAGAUUGAUAGAAGCAGCAGCAGAGAGAAAGAGCAGCGUCUUUUUUUCCUGCUGUAAUGGCGGUUCCUGCGGGUCAGACGGAUUUACAGAUGGACAGAGGAGCACUAAGCGGCGACACUGUUCCCCCCCCUGAAAACAACAUUGACAUCGACGAGAAAGAGUUGGACAACAUCACAAAGAAACACCGAGAAGACGACACCGCGACGCUGCCUUUACACUCACCUUGGACGUUUUGGCUGGACAGAUCGUUACCUGGCACGACGGCCGCAGAAUGUGAAUCCAAUCUGAAGAAGAUCUACACAGUACAGACUGUUCAGACGUUCUGGAGUGUAUACAACAACAUCCCUCCAGUAUCCGCACUGCCUUUGAGAUGUAGCUAUCACUUAAUGCGCGGAGAACGGAGGCCACUCUGGGAAGAGGAAAGUAAUGCAAAUGGAGGAGUAUGGAAGAUGAAAGUACCAAAAGAAAGCACUUCUGCAGUUUGGAAAGAAUUGUUACUCGCUACUAUUGGGGAGCAGUUUGCAGAUUACUGUGCCUCAGAUGACGAGAUCGUCGGUGUCAGCGUUAGCGUUCGAGAUCGGGAAGAUGUUGUACAAGUGUGGAAUAAAGAUGCGUCUCUCGCUACCGAAGCCAGUAUCUUGGGAAAAAUCUAUGAGCUCCUCCCCCACAUAUCUUUUAAAGCUGUUUUUUAUAAGUCUCACAUGGAACAUCACGCCUUUGAGGGAGGACGUUCAAGACAUUAGAUUUUAACGCACUUUUUUUCCCUUUGGUGUAUUUUUUUAACCUGAACUCUGUACCAGCCUUGACGUAAAAAGGCUCUGUCCACAACCUAAUCAAGGAUAUUAUUUUGCAUUCAACGAGGAAAUGUUAUCAAUAUAUUUUUAUAACUUUUUAUGACUGAUGCCUUUUGUUUCAUCUUUCAUGUGGGGCCCUACAGCUCUGUUUAAAAAAAAAAAAAAAGCCCUCAGAGAAUGUAUAUCCAGCGUCAAAAUCUCAUUGCGAGUUCAUUAGUCCAUGUUGGUUUUGACUUCCUCCUGUACUGAACUGCACUGGCAGGGUCCUGUUUCUCUGCGCCGGCCUACGGACCUCACAAUUUGAAGCUCGGGGUAUAGAGGUAGCAGCUAAUCAAAGUAUGUUUCAACAAUAUGAUAUGUUAAGAUACUUCAAGUCAUAUCAAGUUUUAGUCGUCAGCUCGCGAAGUGCCAAGUUUGCAUUUUAACGUCAAGAGUGUUUUUAUUCAGGUGGAGUUGACUUCUACAGAUGGGGUGAACGUCUCAUUGGGUUUCUCGAGUCUUCAGUUGUACAUCAUGAAAAUCAGGGUUAACACUUGGAAACAUUGCACACGACCAUAUGUUCCAGUCACGGUAUCCCUCAGCUAUAAAGCCAUCAUAGAGAAUCAGCACAAAUAUGGCCCUAAGAAAUGUUAGAUUUAGUUUCUUGGAGGUUUUUCUUUACAGCUUUAGUUAAAGAGCAAAAAUCCAUCCUGAAAGGUGCCUCUUUGAAUGUUCCUAGCCACACAACAUGUGACAUUUCUUUCAAUACAAGUGUCAAAAGUAGACCUCUGCUCUCCUUUUUUAAAGCAGUCACACAUUGUUAAGUACGUGACUCUGAAGAGACGCGGCCCUUUUUUUUUGUUUCGCGCUCGGCCGGUGGUGCUCGUCUGUAGUCGUUUUUUCCUCACUGAUAAAUCUAGUUUGUUUACUGGACUGUGUCCUUUUAACCAUAACACAACUGAGUAAAAAAACAAAAGCAGCAUUAUUUGUUUUAAAGAAAGUAACAUACAGUCAUGAGAUUCCCAUGUUCAGUAUGAUAUGUAGAUGCAAUAUGUCAAAUUGUAUGUCUUCAGAAGUCAGAAAGGCGGAUGUGGUGGGUUUAAAUGAAUAUGAGUGGAUGUAGACUGUUGCUUCAAUGGAAUGUAUGCAUAUUUAAACAUAAUCUCAUCAAUUUGAUCAUGUCUGUAUAGGUUAAUACCAUAUUUCAACAGUUAAAAUAUAAAAAAAAAACAUUUUUAUACUUUAGAUCUUUUUACAUCUGGGCCAUUUUACCUGAAAAGUCAUCAAUUUGUUUACCGUCACUAAUACAGUUAUAACACACUAUUGUUUUUAUUGCAGUGUAGGCUACAGUAAACUGAAUGCUUCUGGUAUUAUGGUAUGUCACACCACUCUUCUAGUUCAACUUUGGACUGGUUAAUAAGUUAGUUAUAAGGGGACAAUAUUUCCUUUGUAAACAUGAUUUAAUGCAGUGACAUGGACUAAGUCAAUAAAAUGUAAAUGUACUUGUUUUGUGUUUCUUGUUGCUUGGUAACAAUCAUAAACAGCAGUUAUCUGUUCAGA